AUGAAUAACAAUCAAAUAAAUUCAAAUAACAAUAAAAAUAUGGGGACACAAAAUUUUAAUCAAAAUUUUACAAAUAAUACUGUAAAUAAUAAACAACCCAAUAAUACAUCGUAUCAGUAUGCAAAUAUAAAUUACAAAAAAACAAAUAGUCCCCCAAUAAUGAACUAUAAUAAUAACCCCAAUUUUGUAAAUACAAAUUAUUCUAAUUAUAAUAACAUUGCACCCCCACCUAGUGGUAUUCCACCAAAUAACAUUCCCAUAAACAAUAAGAAUAUUUAUUACAUUCCUCAAAAUCCUACUAAUAUUCCAAGCCCCCCCAGCCCUCCAAACAUACCCAGUUCACCAAAUAUGGACUAUGGAAAUAAUACAAAUUUAAAAAAUCCUGUAUCUGAAGGAAUGAAUAUCGAAAAUGAUGAUUUGUUAGGACAAGACUAUGGUAAAACUACCCAUUAUAAUUCCAAUUAUAUGGGAAACAAUACUAAUAUGUUCGGAACCCAUGUUAAUAAUAAAUAUCCUGACCAAGUGCCCCCACCAAGUGUACCCCCUCCAAACACAGGGGAUAUAUACCAAUAUAAUAACACAAACAAUGCACAUAAUAUACACAUGAAAAGUGGGGGUAAUUUACCUAAUGCCAACAACAUAAGCGGAAUGUUCAACAUGCAAAACAAUGGAUCUAUAAUGGGAUUUCAUGGAGAAUAUUCUAACAAUAUAAUUAAUAUGAACUCUGAUCAAACUAUGAUAACAAAUAAUUCAAACAAUUUUAUAAGAGAUAUGAAAAGUUAUGAUUAUCCAUUUAAUGAUAAUAUAGCUCCACCUCCACUUCCUAAUCCAAAUCAAAUACACCCAGAUAACAAAUUUUAUAAUAAUAACGAUAAUAAUAUAAAUAUUAAGAAUUUAGAAAAUAUGAAUAGUAUUAGAAAUUCAUCAAAUACUAACUUAAAAAAAAAUGAAUAUAAAAAUAAUAGUUGUAAUAUAAAUGUAGAUGGUCGAGAAAGACUGCAAAAUGAUUAUAAUCAAAAUUUUGUAAACACAGGUGAAAGACCUCAAAAUUUUAUUAGAGAUAGUGAUGAAAAUAAAAGAUUUAUUAAAUAUCCUAAAUUAAAACAACUAUUAGAAUUAAAAAAUGCAAUAAUAAAAAAAAGAUCAACACCAGCUAGAUAUAUAAAAUGUGAUUUACGAAAUUUUGAUUUAUCUAGUUUAGAUAUGAAAUUUGAUGUUAUAUUAAUUGAUCCUCCUUGGAAAGAAUAUUAUGAUAGAAAAAUACAAAAUUUGGAUUUGUUAAAUAGUAUACAUAUAGAUAAUUAUGAUAUAAAUGAUGAUAUAUAUAAUGAUAAAGAUAAGUAUUGGUCUUUAGAGGAUUUAUCAAAUUUAAAAAUAGAGCAAAUAGCAGAAGUUCCAUCCUUUCUUUUUAUAUGGUGUGGCGUAACACAUUUAGAAGAUGCUAGAGUUUUAUUAAAUAAAUGGGGAUAUCGUAGAUGUGAAGAUAUAUGCUGGUUAAAAACUAACAUUAAUGAAAAAAACAAAAAAAUUAAAUAUCUAAAUGAAAUAAAUAAUGAAAACUCAUAUUUACAGAGAACCACUGAGCAUUGUUUAGUAGGAAUUAAAGGUGCAGUUAGACGGUCUUAUGAUGUACAUUUAAUACAUGCAAAUUUAGAUACAGAUGUUAUUAUUGCAGAAGAAACUGAAGAAAAUAUAUAUAAUAAUAAUAAACCAGAAGAGUUAUAUAAAAUUAUCGAAAAAUUCUGUUUAGGACGAAGGAAAAUCGAACUUUUUGGAACAAAUACAAAUAUAAGAAAUGGAUGGUUAACAUUAGGAAAAAAUAUUAAUGGUACAUUAUUUGAGCAAGAAGAAUAUACAAGUUGGUUUGAAGGUGACAUUGCUUGGCCCGAAGCAACUUCAUAUAUAGGAGGAAAGUAUAUGGGAACAACUCCAGAAAUCGAAAAUCUACGUCCAAAAUCGCCGCCGAGAAAUGUUAACCCUUGA